AUGGACCACAUUACUAUUGACCACAUCACUAUGGACCACAUCACUAUGGACCACAUCACUAUGGACCACAGCACAAUGGACCACAGCACUAUGGACCGCAUCACUAUGGACCGCAUCACUAUGGACCACAGCACUAUGGACCGCAUCACUAUGGACCACAUCACUAUGGACCACAUCACUAUGGACCACUAUGGACCACAUCACUAUGGACCGCAUCACUAUGGACCACUAUGGACCGCAUCACUAUGGACCACAUCACUAUGGACCACAUCACUAUGGACCACAUCACUAUGGACCACAUCACUACGGACCACAUCACUAUGGACCACUAUGGACCGCAUCACUAUGGACCACAUCACUAUGGACCACAUCACUAUGGACCACUAUGGACCACAUCACUAUGGACCACAUCACUAUGGACCACAUCACUAUGGACCACAUACUAUGGACCGCAUCACUAUGGACCACUAUGGACCGCAUCACUAUGGACCACAUCACUAUGGACCACAUCACUAUGGAUCACAUCACUAUGGACCACAUCACUAUGGACCACAUCACUAUGGAUCACAUCACUAUGGACCACAUCACUAUGGACCGCAUCACUAUGGGCCGCAUCACUAUGGACCACGUGGGCGGCACGGUGGCUGA